CGCCCUGUGGAGCCGAAAGUAGAAAGACUUACAGGUAAAUUAUAGGCCUUGAAGCAAAAUAGUAGCUGAUUAAAGCAUUUCUCUUCUGGCAAUUCACUUCUCUUCAACGAUCCUGUAUUCCUAUAGCAAUUUAUUACUAGAGUGAGUGAAAGAGAGAUCAUAUGGCGGACUUACUUCUUUCUGCCUUGGUGAGCACUGCGGUGGGGAACUUGAAUGCUUCUGCACUUAAAGAAUUUGGAGUUGCUUGGGGCUUGGGAGCUGAGCUCGACAAUCUUAAGAGCACAAUGUCUGCCAUCCGAUCCGCUGUCAAAUAUGCAGAGGAGAAGCAGUGGAACAAUGAUGUUAUCAGGGAUUGGCUGGGAAAGCUCAAAGAUGUAGCUUGGGAUGCGGAUAAUGUUCUGGACGAGUUUGCAACUGAAGCUCUAAUGCGAAAGGUGGAGAGAGAGAAAGGAGCGACAAGCCAAGUAAGUAGAUUCUCUUCUCUUCCAAACAGACUUAUAUUUCGCAUGAAAAUGGCAAGUAAAUUGAAGAAUGUGAGGGAUAGACUGGAUGCCAUUUCUAGGGAGAGAUCUUUUCACUUGGGAGAGGGAGAUAAAAACAUGGAAGCUUUUGAUGUAGAAAAAAGACAAACUGGCCCACUUGUGAAUGAAAGUAAGAUUUAUGGAAGAGAUGUGGAAAAAGAAAAGAUCAUUGGAGUGUUGCGCACUAAUGUGUCUGAUGAUCAAGAUAAUCUGGCCAUUUAUGCUAUAUGGGGUAUGGGGGGCUUGGGUAAAACAGCACUUGCACAAUUAGUCUACAAUGAUGCAAGGGUGAAGAGCCAUUUUGAAUUGAGAAUUUGGGUGUGUGUAUCAGAUGAUUUCCGGAUAAGAAGGUUGCUAAGGGCGAUCAUAGGGUCUAUUAUUCGUGGUGAAUGUAAAAUUUCUGAGUUGGAUCCACUACAGCAAGAGUUGCAAGAAAAAUUGCGUGGGAGAAAAUUCCUGCUUGUCUUGGACGAUGUCUGGAACGAGAACCAAGAGGAAUGGGACCGCCUAAAACAUACGUUGAUGUGUGGAGCGAAAGGUAGUAUGCUUAUAGUGACAACUCGGAUUGAAAAAAUUGCACUGAUGAUGGCCACAGUACUUCCUAUACACCACAUUGGAUGCUUGUCAGAGGAUGAUUCUUGGUCCUUAUUUAAAGGACGUGCAUUUGGGUUGGAAAGGGUAGAAGAAAGAUCAGAAUUGGAAUCAAUUGGCAAGGAAAUAGUGAAGAAGUGUGGAGGCGUACCUCUAGCAAUAAAUGCUCUUGGAAGCCUUGUGUGCUCAAAAAGAACGAAAAGUGAAUGGUUAAUUGUGAAAGAAAGUCAGAUUUGGAAUUUACCGAAAAGUGAGAAUCCCAUCCUUCCUGCCCUCAUGUUGAGCUAUCACCAUCUAUCCCCACAUCUAAGGCAAUGUUUUGCUUAUUGCUGUGUAUUUCCCAAAGAUCACAAGCUUGAGAUGGAUAAGUUGAUACAACUGUGGAUGGCUAAUGGUUUUAUCCCCUCAGAGUUGUAUGAUUUUGGUGUUGAUAUCUUCAAUGAAUUAGUACGGAGGUCUUUCUUUCAAGAUGUGAAGGAGGGGUAUCCCUGCUAUAUAACGUGUAAAAUGCAUGACCUUAUGCAUGACCUUGCUCAAUCUAUUAUGAGGCAUGAAUGCGUUGCAUUGGAAUCCGGUAAAGAUGUGAAAGUUGAAGGCAGGAUUUUUCAUAUGUUUUUUGGCAUGAUCUCAUCACAAGACAUUUCUUUGAAUGAGGACCUACAUAAAGUUCGAUCUCUACGCUCAUGCAUUGAUGCAUUUGAUUGUACAGCUUCUCUGCCAUUCUUCUUGAAACAAAAGUAUCUUCGGGUAUUGGAUUUUAGAUCUGGCGUUCAGGAAGUACCAAGAUCAAUCAACAAUCUAAAACAUUUAAGAUAUCUUAACAUGUCUAGGUCUAGGAUCAAAGUUUUACCUGAAUCAACAACCUGCCUCUUGAACUUGCAAACGUUGAAACUAGAUUAUUGUUACACUCUUUGUAAGUUACCCAAAGGUAUGAAGCACAUGAAAAACCUUAUGUAUCUUGGGAUCACUGAUUGUUAUUCUCUUACUCGUAUGCCUGAAGGAAUGGGACAAUUAACUUGCCUCCAAUCAUUGAGCUUCUUCAUUGUUGGCAAGGAAAAAGGUUAUCAAGUAAGUGAGUUGAAAGGGCUAAACCUUCGAAACAAGUUGACAAUAAAGGAACUUGAUAAUGUCAGAAAUUCAGUGGAGGCCAAAAAUGCAAAUUUGAUUGGAAAACAGAAUCUUCAAUCGCUAAGUUUGGUUUGGCGGAGUGACAAUAAAAGCCAUGUACCAGACCAUGUUGAAGAUGUUCUUGAUGGUCUCCAACCUCAUUCAUAUCUGAAAGAACUGUCCAUAAACAACUAUCAUGGUUCAAAAAUUCCAACAUGGAUUCAAGAUUCAGUUCUUCGUGAUUUGGUUAAAAUUUCACUAGAUUGUUGGGAAAGAUGUGAACAUUUGCCACUUCUUGGCAAACUACCAUUCCUCAAGGUUCUUAAAAUAACUGGCUGGCAUGCUGUGAAAUAUAUUGGCAAUGAGUUCCAUGGAGACAGUGCAAUUUCGUUCCCCUCAUUGAAGGAAUUUAGGCUCCAUAAGAUGCGUGAUUUGGAGGAAUGGAGAACAAUGAAUGGAAGAGGAAAUUUUCCCUGCCUAAGCACAUUAGAAAUCACUGAGUGCCCAAAGUUAUUGGGAAUUCCUAUUAUUCCUUCCAUUACAGAUUUGACUAUGAGAAGCAACAAUGGAAACAUGGAUGGUGAAUUGACAGUUCUUCCAGAUGGACUGUUGCAAAAUCAUAAGAUGCUUAAAAAGUUGGAGAUUUCCCAUAUGCCCAAUCUCAAGUCACUGACUAAUCAGUUGGAUAAUUUUUCUGCGCUGAAAAGAUUUAGUCUUGAACGUUGUGACAAGAUCGAAAGUCUUCCAGAAGGACUCCAGAACUUACAUUCAUUACGGGAACUGGACAUAGAGGAGUGUAAUAAUCUUUUGUCCUUACCAAUGAAUGGUUUGCAGGGCUUAUCUUCACUACGGAGUUUAUCCAUUUCGUUCUGCAACAAAUUCUGCUCUCUGUCUGAGGGAAUUCAAUAUUUAAUUGCACUUAAGGAUUUAUUUAUCAUCGAGUGUCCGAAGUUAAUUUCAUUGCCAGAGGGUAUUCAACAUCUAACUGCUCUCCGUUAUCUGCGCAUCUGGAACUGUGAAGACUUAUCUUCUCUGCCUAAGCAGAUUGGAUGCCUCACAUCGCUUUCAUAUUUGGGAAUUGGGUACUGCCCUAAUCUAAUGUCUAUACCAGACGAGCUACAGAACCUUACGGCACUCAAAGAACUUGAAAUUAGAGGAUGUCCACAUCUGGAGAAGCGGUGCAAGAAAGACAGUGGAGAGGAUUGGCAUAAAAUAUCUCACAUCCCCCACGUUCACAGUGGAGAGAAUCGCUACGAAAACUGAAAUGUUGCUAAGUUGGUCAACGCUGAGAUGGCAAUGUUAACACGCUUCAAAAAAAGUUUAUUUAUAAAGUGAACUAAACUAAUGAUGCCUGCGGUGGACUAUACAAUGGUACAUUUACCUUCAAUCUUUACUUGCUGUCAGUGUUCAGAUUUUCUUCUCUCUCUUUUUUUUUCCCAAAAAAAAAAAAAAAAUGGUUCAAUUCAAUUUUGUGACAUACUUGUCAUUACUAUUUGUAUAUUUAUUGUAUUUUAAAAUUGCUAUGGACAAUCCGAUAUUUUUUUUUUGCUUGAGUUCUUAGAGAUUUCCUGUUUGUCCAAUCUCAAUUGCCAUUAUCUAUUAUUAAUGUGAGUAGGUGUGGCAAGUUUGUAUAAUGUUUUUAUUUUAUACAAUUGUCAUUAUCUAUUUGUUAUUGUUUUUAUAAAAAUAUUUUAGACUAAAUGACAAAACUAAACCAUUGGCACUC